GAUUCCGGACAGAAACACUGACUCUAUCAACGUUGUUCCUCCGCGAAUGUAGUCAGAGAUGCUUUGAUACCCGAAACGGACUGCUGAUUCAAACGAUAUUUCAUCUUGUCUGUUCCCUUAACAUUGUUUCUAACUAUCAAAAAAACUGAACGACGUGAGAAGUGUACUUUCUAAACUGUUCGGAAACCGAAACGAUCCGGUGUUCGAGCGGAAAUUUUACACUUUCUGUUUUCCCAAAAGGAAGUGGGUCUGUGAAUGUGGCUGGAUGAGUUAUGAUGGAGAGCGGAGAUGAUGAAGAGGUUACAAAUGGCCAUCACAUUCAGAAGUCUAAAGCUGCUGAACAUUCUUCCAGUUCAACACGUGGAAAUCCAAACGAGAUGGAUGUGGAGGAGGAUGACAUCUUUAAACAUUCCACUACUUUGACCAACAAGCAGCGUGGGAAUGAAGUAACAGCACGUCCAGCAACAUUAGACUCUCUGUCCAUACAUCAGCUGGCAGCUCAGGGUGACGUUUUGCAAGUGGCUGCACAUCUAAGUAAAGACAGCUCAGUGCUCACCACGCAGGAUGAUCGGGGUUUUACACCUCUGAUGUGGGCAGCUGCGUUUGGAGAAAAAGCUAUGGUGGACUUUCUCUUGGAAAAGGGUGCGGAUCCCAAUACAAUUGCAAGGGAGCGAGAGAGCGCCCUGACUCUGGCCAGCUCUGGCGGCUACGUGGACAUCGUCGAAUCUCUCCUCAGAUAUGGAGUGGACAUUAACACCUACGACUGGAAUGGUGGAACUCCUCUUCUUUACGCUGUACGAGGGAACCACAUCAAAUGUGUAGAAGCUCUUCUUGCCAAAGGAGCAGAUAUGACCAUAGAGUCAGACUCUGGCUACAGUCCAAUGGCCUUAGCUGUUGCACUUGGACACAAAAAACUUCAGAAAGUGUUGGAGGACCACAUCCUGAAACUCUACAAGCCGACAUGACGUCAAAUAAACCCGUAGAAACACUAGGCAGAAGACGCUUCGCUCACAUCCAUGCAACAUUUAGAGACGGUAAAAACAUCUGUCACAUCGACAAAACACAACAGAAGACAGAAAUGUAAACAAGUGGAUUUAUUUAUGCACUUACAGUAAAAAAAAAAAAAAAAAAAAAAAAAAACAGAUUUUUUUUUUUGACAAUUUAUGUAAAAGCUAUUUUGAAAGAAUGAAUGAAAUGUCAAUUGUUCUGUAGAAUGGUUUUGAAUGGAAUUGGGAGAAAAAAAAGCCUUAAUAAAAUGCUAUUUUUUGAUAAA